CCUCGAGACUUCCAAGUUGUUCACUAGCUUCAAACUCCAAUCCAAUCGGGCAAUACACUACAGGCCAGUGGUUUGCCCUGAUACAUUAUAUACAAUCAACAAGCCUAUUGUUAUUUAAAAACACCUAAAGCAGGAACCAUCGACUGCCAGCAUGGGUGUCGGCGGUGUCAUCCUUCGCUUCGCGAAUCUAGCGAUUCGCAUCCUCCAGUUCCUCGAUGCAGCAGUCAUCCUCGGCAUUUUCUCAUACUUCCUCGCUGUUCUCGCCCGGCAUGAUCAGACGAUUCCUCAGUGGAUAAAGGCCGUCGAGGGCCUAUCGGGUGCAGCAACCCUCUACGGAAUCCUCGGCAUUCUUCUCACCUGCUGCCUGGGCGGAGUCACUUUCUUUGCUGCCGUGGCCGUCCUCCUCGAUGUCUGCUUCAUCGGAGCCAUGAUUGCUAUCGCCAUCAUGACUCGCAAAGGCACCCAGAGCUGCUCCGGUAACGUCGACACUCCGCUGGGUUCCGGUGCUAGCAAUACCGACGACGCCAACACUCACGUGCGCCUUGGAUAUGCGUGCGUGUUGGGGAAGGCUUCAUUUGCUGUCGCUAUCAUUGGAAUCUUCCUUUUCCUGAUCUCCAUCCUCUUCCAAGUCCUUCUCGCCCGUCAUCACAAGCGCGAGAAGCGCUUCGGCCCCUCCCCCGCCAACGGGUACACAUAUGGCACCGGCACGGAGCGCCGGGGCUACUUCUGGCGUCGCAACAAGAAUAACCCUGAGACUGCCAGUGCGGAUGACAUGCUCCCCAGCCAUCCGGCACCCCGCGACGUUGAGCUGGGAACCUCUCCCACCGAGAAGACCAGCGGUACGGGUCGUCUGUUUACGCGCAACAAGCACACCGCGCCGGCGGCCGCAGCUCCUCCUGGCUAUGGCUAUGGCAAUUCUGCUUAUUCGGCUAAUUACUAGACACACUGCACUAUCUUCCCUGCAUCGUGUGGUCGGUUCGCUCAUACUUACAUUGGGGCGCGAGCCCCGCAAAGGAGGAGGAACUAGCUGCUUCGUGGACGAACAUGAUGAGACAACGAAACUUUGGGGAUGCCAUUCGAACCACGUGGUAUGGCAUUUUUCAUGACUAUAAAACUUCCGAGUUUCCUUCACGUUUGACUUGAGUGGAUGACUGGGAGUGACAGAAUGAAGCUCAUUCUUUCAUCUUAUACCAACCUUGACACCAUCAGCACGGUUUUGUAUACCAAUUAUUACCGAUCUAAUUUCUUUUUU